AAACUGUUGAACUUGAAUCCUGCCGCUCAGAUGGAGCUGCUCAGUGUUGUAGCAUCGGAGGAGCCAGAGACCACAGAGUUUCUGUUUUUAACUCAAAAGAAACCCGCUGUGACCAGGAGAGGCCCCUCGGAGAUGCUUCAGGACACACUGCCUCUCCUCCGGUCAUUCGCAGCCAACAAUGUCAGCAUCCAGGAUGGGGUUAUACACUGGACAGGUGCAGAUGAGUGCCUCUCUAACCCCUGUCCUCGGAGCUCAAUCUGUUUGAACACUCUGGGCUCCUUUAGGUGUUUGUGCAGAGAUGGGUACUACGACGUUAGUGCCUUCUCAAGGAAACCGACCCCUGCCUCACCUGCCUGCAACGAUAAAGGCAUGUUCAGUCACUGUCUGGGCCAACGGCUGAUGGGAGGAAUCUCAAAAUUGUACCUCCGUUCUCAACUCAAGGGGGCACUGAAGGUGUCCUUAAACCAGGGCCUGUGUGAAGUAAACGAGACAGAGGAUUUCUACUUCUUUAAGAUUCCACGAGACCACAGCCAGUGUGGGACCAGGAGAUGGGUGAAUACAAGCCACAUCGAGCUGCAGAACCUCCUUACUGUGAGCGGAGGAGGAGGCAGAGGGGCAAAGGUCCGACUGCUUUGGAAGUGUGUGUAUCCACGGCACUAUCUGCGCACGGCUCAGGUCGGACUGGAGCUAGACAGGCCCUUGUCCUUUUCUAUAGUGGUCUAUAAUUCUUCUCUGAAGCUGCCUCUCACCAUGGGUCUGUAUAAGGACCAUUCUUAUGGGUCCAUUUACACAGAUGCAGUGACGCUGAGUCCAGACGACACACUAUACUUUGAGGUUGCACUGCAGACUUCACAUGCCUUCAUCCACAAUCUGCGACUACAGGUGGAGUCCUGCUGGGCCACAGAAAGCCCCGACUCUCAGGACCCGGUGCAAGGGAUGUUUCUACAGGACAGUUGUCCGGUGGAUGACACGUUCUCCUGGCGCUCUAAGAACGGAGCUUACUGGAGCUGCAGAUUCUCUAUCCGGAUGUUCCUCCUGCCUCUGGGUCAGCCUCUGUAUUUCCACUGCAGAGCGGCCGUCUGCGGACCACAAGAGAACUGCUACAAGAACUGCAGUGACCAGAGAAGGAGGAGAUCUGCGUCUCCUUCAUACACACACGACGAGCGAGCUGCGGUGGUGUCAGUGGGACCUCUAGUGGUGACCAAGAGGAGAGCAUCUUUGGACAAAACAUCUCACUGGUCAGAGCACAUGACUGUGAUCACUGUUGUAGCUGGAUCCAUUGGACUUUUGGCUGUAACUCUUUUUUUUGUUUCUGCUAUUAAAGCUGUUAUGAAAUACUAUGAACAAUUUCCACUCAAAUAAAGAACCUUGAACACUGA